AUUUCUUCUGAUGUCACCGGCGCCAGUCCGGGCGAUAGUUUAUUAAUAUGUGCUAUAGCCGAAGAGAAUGCAAGCUAAAUAUCGAAAAGCUUUAUAUUAAUGCUUACAUAUUACCUCUUCAUGAUUUGUAUGCUCUUUGUUUCAUUUUAUUUUCCUGGGUCACCUAGACUAUAGCCGAGAUCCUUAGAACUCUUCGGCAUCGUUAUAAUAAUUGAAAUUGGCAUCGUCAUUACUAUAGCUACUACAGCUAUUAUUAUACACUGCAAUGUCCCCAUCUCCCUCUAUAAUCGAAGCUCUCAUCCGCUGGGCUAGUCUCAAGAAGUACCGUAUCGAAGUCACCUACGGCGUGUACGUCUAUACGCCUGUAGAGAAGGCCGUCUUCUGGACCAUUUUCUGCUUCCUGUUCGCUGCCAUCUCUUUCGCCGCCAUCUUCUACACGGAACGGAACGUUAUCCUGUUGCUUAGAUACGCCUCCAUCUAUGUUGGUGGCGAAGGCGGCGUUGUCAACGUAGUCUCAAACUUGCUCCCCAAGAGCAACGCGCUAUUCACGAUGGCGGGUUCCGGCCUGACGUCGGUGGCUCAGACGAUGAGCACUGCGGUCAACUCACAGACGCCAUAGCCGCCCCGGGAGACAAUUCUUGCGAUGGUCGUCGAUCUCGUUAAAGGAAGGCGAUGGGUUUGAGAUUCUGGGAAGUUAGAUAUACCUGGCAAGCUCCGAUUCGAGUGAUACAAAGGUUCCUCACAAUCCAAGCACUAUUCCGUGGCAGAACGGGAUCGUGAAGGACUUCGCGGAAUACAAGCUGCGACGCAAUGAUACAUCAUCUACCAAGGUUUCAUGCAUCACAGCCCGGUAAAUUUAGAUGAUGUAAUAGGGGAAGGAAUAGGGGGGUGGAGAAAUUGGUUACGAACUACGGCCUAUAUAAUAAGUUCAACGACUCGCAUGAGGGCAUGUACGGUGUCUGGAGGCUUAAAGCCUUGAUUUUCAGAGAUACCAUCUUUUUAUUUUCGGGGGCGGCCGGGGAAAGGGUCCUUUGGACUCCAUUGCAUAGGGGAAGGUUUUGGGAAUACCCUCGUUUAAAGGCGUUUUGUUGCAAUACCCCUUUUGCGGAUACUCCUCGCCUAUUCACGCCCUGUUGACAUUUCAACUCGCGAAAAAUAUACUUAUUUUGAAUAUCGCGACAUACUAAAUAAUGUCUUGGUGAAGAGUUAGGUGCAUAUAACAUAUGCCAUAAAAGGAAAAAGGAGAGGGCCUG